UGUGAAUUCUUUCCUUUUUAAGUUUAAGAGUUGCGAUCUGCGUUAUGUUUCAGUAAUGACUUGCGUAAAUAACGUAGUGCAGGAUUCAUAGUAUGUACGGUUGUAACGUGACCGGUUAUUCACUGUUGCUUCAGCACGGCAGACCCGCCGCGCGCUCUCACUCAGGUGCAGUGUUUAUGUGCAAGAGAAAGUGCGUGAUGAAAAACUACCUCAAAUACACUAACAUGUGUGUUAGGUCACAUCUUGUGCAAUAAAUCAUCAAAUAAAUAUGAUGACUCCGACUCCUUGACAAGAGUUCUGCAGCGGUCAAUAAAUAUUAACCAGCAUUCAGUGGGGCAAUCCCCAACAUUGGUCCUUCGAGCCGGAUCUAUUGACUACUGCAGUGAUGUCAUUGAAAGAGCAAGCCACUUCUCUCCCUCAAACUGAGACGUCAGACAGACCCUCACGGCAUCGUCGCACACCCAGGCAUCUGGAAGAGUAUCAUGUUGACUAUGGCCAUCACCGACCUGCUCUCUCCUCCCCACCCACAGAAGAGGUGCAAGUGGAGCAGAGAGGAGCAGCAGCCGCAGUGGGCCUAGCUAGUCAGUCACGAACAGUCUCCAGACAAGGUGAGCACCCAGACACAAGCUCCAUGGAUUUGUUGAGCAUGAGUUCAUUGAGGAAAAUGUUGAAGACUAUUUCUGACAAAGAGAAGGAUGAGGCUGCUGAUAUGGCUGCACUUCACAGUAAACUUCAACAAUAUGAAAAACGACAGCGUCGGCGUAAAGAGCUGAUGGAACAUAUCACGUCGUUCUUGAGGGAAGAAGAGGAUGAGGAGGAUGAUCAAAGUGAAAAGCAUAUAACACCACCAGUACGAUCCCCUUCAGUAACUUCUCCACGUUUGCCUCCCUCAAGUCAUACUACUCCAUCACAGUCACCUGACAUUGAGCUACCUACCCAAGGAUGUGUGAGUGACAUGCAAAAGAAUGCAAGUAAAUCUCCUGCGGAGGCUGAGGAUUUUAACUCUGGAUUUGUUCCAAUAUGUCCAGUCAGUUCAAUCCCUUUGUAUUCACCAGUAUCUUCUGGAACUAUACCUACUGUUUCACACCAACAACAACCUGCUACAAGAGCAGAGACUGUGCCACCACUGUUUACGAAGCAGUCCCCCAUUUAUGAUGCUGGAAAGGCUUUUCAACCUCAAGUGCAGCCACCUUUAAUGGCACCUAAGCCAGUCUACCAGCACCUUAAUGCAGUUUAUGGCUAUUUGACAGGGUCACCUUCACAACAGCAGUUUACUGCUCUGCCUACAGCAAGUUUUGCGACUCCUCAUUAUACUCUUAUGACUCCAGCAGCAUCAGUCUCUCAAACCCAGCCUAGAGUUCCAGUUAUGACACUAAAUCCUCCUGCCUUUGAUACCCCCUCUCUGCAGCCAUUUAAUAAAGCACUGAAUCCAACUGAAUACUUUGUGCCUCAACGCCCUUUGCAUGCUGCCCCACAACCAAAGAUUCCUGAUUUUGUGAAUGACAAUGAAAGGGAAUUUGCUAACCUGAAGUUAGCACUGGACAACCUUCUUGAACCACAUGCAGAGCUAGAUGAGAAAUACAAGUACCAUAUUUUGCUGGAGCACCUCAAAUUGCCUGAAGCACAGAUGAUUGGCCAGUCUUGUCGCCAUCAUUUGUACCCAUAUUCAGCAGCUAUGCAAGCCCUUCAGUUGCAAUAUGGUCAACCACACCAACUGGCUCAGAGCGAAAUAGCAGCAAUCCUCACAGCCCCAGAGGUCAAACCAAAUGAUGCUCACAGCUUCCAGAGUUUCGCUCUUCGUGUACACCUCUUAGUGAGUAUGCUUUUGUCGUUGGAGGGUACCAGAGGGAUGGAGUUGAACUGUUGUUAACAUGUAGAUCGUUUACUCAGUAAGCUGCCCAAGUACUUAAGAGAUGGCUUCAUAGAGUUUCUCCAGCUGAGAGGGAAGCUAAACUCCCCAAAUAUUAACCCGUACAACCUACAAGACUUUGCUGGAUGGCUCCAAGUCAAGGCUCAGCAACAGCGACUUUCCAGUAGGUUAGUGCAACGUUACCAGUAUGAAAGAGCACCCAGUAGUUCAAAGGAGAAGAAUGCAGCUAAACCGAAAAGCCAAAGUACAACCUUGUAUCAUGGUGUAUCACCCACAGAGACUAAACCAUCCUCCAGUCCUAAGGUGUCUUGGAAAAGAACAUCACCCAAAGUUAUCUGCCUAUUCUGUGGCAGCAAAGAUCACUACAUCAAUCGAUGCAGUAGUAUCAGAGAGCAGCCUGUUGCUGAACUUUGCAAGUUGAUUUCGGAGGAAAAGCGCUGCUGGAAAUGUGCUCGUUCCCAUGCCCCCGAGACCUGUAAUCUAAAGAAACCCUGCAGUGACUGUGGUGGUAUUCACCUUCAAGUGCUUCAUGGUGUGGCCCAAAGUUAUACAACUAACACAGCAUCAGCUAACUCUGAGAGCCGUAUCUACCUCUUACCAUCCAUUGCAUCAGGCAGAGUCCUUCUGAAGGUGGUACCAGUGCUGCUACAUCACAGAUCAAAGACAUUUGAGACUUAUGCUAUACUGGAUGAUGGAGCACAGCGCACCAUGAUCCUGCCCACUGCUGUCCAGCAACUGCAGCUGAAAGGCGAACCUGAGACUCUAGCCCUUUGUACCGUCCGACCAGACACUACUCACCUCAGUGGCACAAAAGUCACCUUUGAAAUCUCUCCGAGAAAUAACCCAGAGAAACGUUAUCAGGUGUUAGGAGCAUUUACAGCUUCUGGUCUUGAUCUGGUAGAACAAACAUACCCAGUUCAGGCUCUUCGGAGACGGUAUGCACAUCUAAGGGGAGUUCCACUACAGCCAUUUCACAAAGUGCAUCCGCUUGUACUCAUUGGUUCGGACCAAGUUCAUCUCAUUACAGCCAAAGAGCCAAUUCGUCAAGGCACCAAAGGGGGUCCAGUAGCAGUCCAUACAGCUCUUGGGUGGGCUCUCCAAGGAACAGUAAUGGGUCCCACAGACCAGGCACCAGUGCAGCAAUGUUUCUUUAUCUCCACAGCUCACACAGAUGAUCUUCUCUACAGAAAUGUGGAAAGGUUAUGGCAAUUGGACGUAUUGCCCUUUCGCAAUGAGAAGCUGGUGGUCCGGUCCAGACAAGAUAACGAGGCUAUGCAGCUGCUUGAGUCUCAAACGCAGCAAGUCAGUGUACAGGGUGUACAACGUUAUGCCACCCCACUUCUGUGGAAGACAGGUGCCCUUAAGCUCAAGGGAUCUAUGCAAUCUGUUCUUGCAAACCUAAGAAGUACUGAAAGGAGACUCCAGAAAGACCAUGUGAAGGCCUCAAUCUACUCAGGAGAGAUUGCUAAACUCAUUGAAGCAGAUUAUGUUGCCAAACUGAACCAAAGGGAAGCAGCCCAGGCAGAAGAAUCAUGGUACCUGCCCCACCAUCUGGUGAGCCAUAACAAUAAACCACGACUGGUUUUUAACUGUUCAUUCAAACACCAGGGUCUUUCUCUUAACAAUCAACUCCUGCCUGGCCCUGCUCUUGGACCAUCACUGUUGGGCGUCCUUCUGAGAUUCAGAGAGCAUCAUGUGGCUGUAAGUGCAGAUAUUAAGGGCAUGUUCCAUCAGGUUCGUCUCCUACCAAAGGACAGACCCUUUCUCCGUUUCAUUUAGAGAGACCUGCAGAGCGAGAACCCUCCAGAUGUAUAUGAAUGGCAGGUCCUACCAUUUGGUACAACAAGCAGUCCAUGCUGUGCCAUCUUCGCUCUGCAACAUCAUGCUCAUAAUUCUGAAGCCGAAUAUCCAGGGUUACAAGAAAUAGUACACCAGAGCUUCUAUGUGGACAAUUGUCUCACAAGCUUUCGUACUGUUGCUGCAGCCAAACAAAAAGUGGAUCAACUACGCAGCAUGUUAGCAAAAGGAGGAUUCAACCUCAGACAGUGGGCUAGUAGUCACCCAGCCGUGAUUGCUCAUCUUCCUACUGAAGCCCGCUCCUCCGCUACAGAGCAGUGGUUGGUCCAAACCCAUGUUGAACCAAUGGAGCCUACAUUGGGGCUUCGUUGGAACUGCGCAACUGAUAGCCUUGGCUAUAAUUACCGGCCUAUUGAGCAUGCAGCCCUGACAAUGAGAACAGCCUACCAGGUGCUGGCAUCUCAGUAUGAUCCAUUGGGGUUUAUACUACCAUUUACCACAAGGGCUAAGGUAAUCAUCCAACAGUUGUGGACAAAAAAGAGAGACUGGGAUGAUCCAAAUCUACCGCCAACCCUUAAGGCGGCCUGGAUAAUUUGGGAGAGUGAGCUAGAACAUCUCAGGACAUUAUCCAUUCCUCGCUGUUACCUAACGGUCUUCACAACUCCAGCAGAACAGAACAUUUCCCUCCAUGUGUUCUGCGAUGCCUCUGAAAAAGCAUAUGGGGCAGUGGCAUAUUUUGCAAUUCAAUCCGACAGUGUCAUUCACGUUUCCUUCAUAAUGGCCAGAUCGAGGGUUGCUCCAAAGAGACAGCAGUCAAUGCCUCGUCUGGAGCUUUGUGCUGCCUUAGCUGGAGCACAGCUAGCCAAACUGGUGAGGAAUGAGACCACUCUCUCCAUCAGUCAGACAAUCCUAUGGACAGACUCCUUGACUGUGCUGGAAUGGAUUCAAUCAGACUCCUGUCGAUAUAAAGUGUUCGCCGGAACUCGAGUCUCCGAGAUACAGGAGCUAACUGAUCACAGAUCAUGGAGGUACGUGAAUACACAGGACAACCCCGCUGACGACAUAACACGAGGGAAAUCACUCCAAAGUCUGGCUGAGCCUAGUCGCUGGAGUCAAGGACCUCCAUUCUUGAAACAAAAUGAAGAACACUGGCCUAAAAAACCUGAACUCACCCAGUCAGAGGGAGUAUCCGAAUUAAAAGGA